CGCGUGUGGAACAUGCGCCUGGAGUGCGGCUUGCCCUGACGGAAUUCACAUUUUGCGUGCUUUCGUCCGAGUGCCGGGCGCUUAACUCGCACUCAGGAGGUUACAAGUUGACAUCCCGGUUGGGAGUCAAGCCGGUCUUCGGAGAGCUCCGUCACGUGAAUGUGGAACUUGCGCACCAGCGACGGAUACAAGCUGGGCUGCGCUGAUAUCCAGUGCUGAGUGGGCCGAAGGCUUGCUGUGUGCGUCUCUCUCCAGCCCCCCGAGUGACUUUUUUCUGCUCAAGAAGCUUCGUCUCCCAGCUCGCGCAUCGGUCCAGGAAACGCCGCCGACAUGGGCUGUGCCAAGAGCAAGGACAGCGACGAGUCGUCGGCCGUGGACUGCCGGCAAGAUGCGCACGCCGGCAACGAGCGCUGCCGCUACGGCGCGGGCAACGCCUACAUCGUGCAGAACAGCUGCGCCGUCCCGCAGAUGUCGAGCCCCGGCACUUACCAGGGCGCCAACAUCUCGUGCCCCACGCAGCCCAGCGGAAUGAUGAUGGGCGGCUCCAUGAUGCCCUUCACGGGCACGCUGUCCAGCCAGCGCAGCCACUACCAAGAGGGAGUCACGUUCUUCGUGGCCCUGUUCGACUACAAUGCGAGGACCCCUGAGGACCUGAGUUUCAAGAAGGGCGAGAAAUUUCAAAUAAUCAACUCGGACGAUGACUGGUGGACGGCCAGCUCGAUGUCGUCCGGCCUCACGGGGUACAUCCCCAGCAACUACGUCGCUCCUGCGGGAUCCGUGCAGGCCAAAGAGUGGUUCUUCGGGAAGCUGACGCGGAAGGACGCCGAUCGCUGUCUCAUGGACCCCGCGAACCCCAUCGGGACGUUCCUCAUCCGCGAGAGCGAGACCACUCAAGGAGCCUACUCGCUCUCCAUCCGGGACUACGAUCCCAUCAAGGGAGACACCGUGAAGCAUUACAAGAUCCGGAGGCUGGACUCUGGCGGCUUCUACAUCACCAACCGGAUCCACUUUGCCCACAUUCACCAGCUGGUGGAGCACUACGCCAAUGUGGCGGAUGGGCUCUGCGGGAGGCUCGUCAAGCCCUGCCCUGUCUUCGUGCCGCAGACCCAGGGCCUGUCCAAGGACGCGUGGGAGAUCUUACGCGAGUCGCUCACGCUCGACGUCAAGCUCGGCUCCGGCUGCUUUGGCGAUGUGUGGCUUGGCACGUGGAACGGCUCGACGCAGGUGGCGGUGAAGACGCUGCGCGCCGGCACCAUGUCGCCCACGGCCUUCCUGGACGAGGCGCAGGUCAUGAAGAAGCUGCGGCACGACAAGCUGGUGCAGCUCUACGCCGUGGUGUCCCAGGAGCCCAUCUACAUCGUCACCGAGUACAUGAACAAAGGAUGCCUCCUGGACUUCGUCAAGUCUGGGGAAGGGAGCAUGCUUAAGCUCAUUCAGCUCAUGGACAUGGCAGCCCAGAUCUCGUCGGGCAUGGCGUACAUCGAGAAGAUGAACUACGUGCACAGGGAUCUGCGCGCCGCCAACAUCCUGGUCAAGGACAACUUGGUGUGCAAGAUCGCCGACUUCGGCCUCGCCCGCCUCAUCGAGGACAACGAGUACUCGGCGCAGCAAGGAGGAAAGUUCCCCAUCAAGUGGACCGCGCCAGAGGCUGCGCUGCACGGCCACUUCACCAUCAAGUCCGACGUGUGGUCGUUCGGCGUGCUGCUCACCGAGCUGGUCACCAAGGGGCGCAUCCCCUACCCUGGCAUGAUGAACCGCGAGGUUCUGGGCAAUGUGGAGCAGGGGUACCGCAUGCCCUGCCCGCAGGACUGCCCCGACUCCCUGUACGAGCUCAUGCUGCUGUGCUGGCGGAAGGAGCCCGAGCAGCGCCCCACGUUCGAGUACCUGCAGUCCUUCCUCGAAGACUACUUCACGGCCACGGAGCCGCAAUACCAGCCCGGAGAAAACCUCUAGCGCCGGCUGUGGCCGGGCCUCCCAAGUAUCGCAGUCCUUGCUAUCGUCAGCAGUUAUCAUUUCUUUCGUCGUGUUUUAAUCGCGGUGUGGUCGGCCAGGCGGCUCCUAGAGGUUCGACGGGAUCGAUUCUCUGCCCGUGUUGUGGAGAAACACAGGCCUGCAUCUCUUAUAUCGCAGGCUCUGUCCUUGAUCAGUUUGUCUCCGUCAGGCUCUCUCAGGGGACUAAUGCCCGUCUCAGAGCACCGAUCAGGCAUGGCUGAGGUCCUGAGGUCAAAACCAAGGCUCCACGUCUGUGAUUCAACUUUGUUUUCAAGUGUGGCAACUUUGUGGGUCUCAAUCCAGUCACAGAUGACAGCACAAACAAAUGUUAUUUGAAAUUCGUAUUUCGUGUUGGAUUUUAGUUUGAGAGCUUGAUGUCUAUUGUUAUUCUUCUUUCUAUUCGAAUGAUAAGACAUGAAGGAAAAUCCAUUCAUUUGCACCUUGUGAUGGCGGUGAUGAGAGGAGCCGGUUACAGACACUGAAAAUGGCAUCGCUGGUGUGAUCACCCUUGCCAUCAUUGAACAUGACAACGGAAGGGCCCUUCUUUCUGUCGGGGAUGAUGAUGAAAAUACGUUCAUUUUUUGUUUUGCGUCUCGACAAUGACAGUGGCACACCAUUUCUGAUAACAAAAAAAUCAGUGCAUGUGAUAUCACGUGCACGGGCGACGCUUUGUGUGUACACUGCUAUGGACAUGGGCGAUGUGGCAACUAUAUAAAGUGGAACACUCGACCAUAAAUACGCAGGGCACGUUUCGACGAGUUCGUUCGAUGUAUCGCUUGUACGGGGCUCGGUCAUAGUCAUAGUCAGGACUUGCAAACUGUUAUUGCGCCUACCUCCUGUACACGCGCUCCGUGGAUAGACCGAGGAAAGCAGGGAUCACUCUCCAUUACACGUGGAAAUUCGGAGGUGAAGAAAAACGUUGCCUACGGGACCGUGAGCUUGGUUCAACGUUGCACCCGUUUUCCAAUGGGCACUGGACACGGCUCAUUCCUGUUGAUGGUCCUGCGAUGGGGCAGGAAUGCUACGAUACGAUGGCUUGAACCCGAUUUCUCCAGAGGACUGUGACCACUGCAGAUUUCCCAGUCCGAUUGUUGGAGCACUCCGGGUUGUGCUCAUUUGUUGCUGUUCCUGGCGGGAUGGUGAUAAUGACGAUGAUCGACAAUGAUGAUCGACAAUGAUGAUAAUGACGAUGCCGAGUCAACUAUGGGCAGGAUUUGAACUCUUGACUGGAAGCUCUACUUUUUCAUUGAAUGAGCUCAUCCUCUUGGAAGGUCACGAGGUCAAACAGGGAGCCUACGACUGCCCUCAAUGAAACAACGGAACACCGCAACACAGAGCCUCGUAGAAAACCAGCUGCUUUUUACUCUGAAGUCAUCCUGUGGCCACAGUGUUAAAGUCAAUUUUUUUUACAAGAAGUAAAUGAUUUGAUCUUUUAAGAGUUGUUUUUUUAUUUGCCACAUUGGUGUUUACUUUAUGAGAAAAAAAAUGAAAAUGAUGCCAAUGUUCUAAAGAAAAGAAACAAAUAUCUUCAACGUGUGGAGUAAAUUAUUUACUCGAAGUCUAAUGUUCAAAGUGUCGACAAUCUUGUUGCAAAGGAUGACGUAUGGGGUCAGGGGUCAGAGUGUUACUUGUUUUUUUGAGAAUUAGGCACCUGAAAAAAAGGUAACGCCAAACAUAAUGUGGCCUAAUUUUAAAGCCCCAGUCUUCAUAUGCCAACCCCAAUUGGUGGCACAAGAAUGCGUUUAUUGCAGGGUUUACCAGAGUGAAACACGAUGCACUGUAAUUAGUGUGAGUCUUGUGUGCGUACCUUUCUAUGUCUAAUUCUCAAAAGGUUUUCUGACCGCCCCAUGUAUUUUACAAAUCACAUAUCCGUGGUUCUUUACCUUUCUCGGUAAGUUGACGGCUAAUGCACACAACGCGUUUUUUUUUAAUGCUUUUCCCGCUUGUACGUGUGCAGGUGUGAGUUCUUUACAUUGGUGUUACGCCGAUAUACUUUCCCGCAUGUUUUAAGCCCCCUAGAAUUUGUCUCAUUUUUAAACAUAAUGAAAGUGUUGUCUUAAGACGAUGAACUUAAGUCACCUCUUUCAUGCUCUUUUUUUUUGUAUCAUAACGGUGAUAAUUGUUUGAUAAUUCUCAAUCCGUGAAAUCGGGGUUAUACUGGCUUACAAAAAACGUAUAGCAAACGCAAACAUAAUUUUUACAUAAUCACGUGCAAAUGCUUUUUAUCAUCCAGUCAUAACGACAACAACAACAACAAACUCACCCAGCGGUUGAAAUUGUCACGUUGCACGAUAAAUGCUUUUAACAGUAUGGGGGUGGCUGGGUGACUCAGGGCCCUAAAGCUUUGUCUGUGCCAUCAUAAUAUUGAGCCAUCUGGGAUCCUGGAUUUGAAACCCGUGCUUCUCUCUCUCGUAUAAAGUGUGUUUUGAUGGCCUGGUUACCAGUUUCUGCACACACACACACACACGCGCGCACGUUGUUAUUGCACUUAAUGAGUUCAAGCCCACGUGAUGGCUUGAUGGGCUACCUACUGAACGGAGCACAGCUCAGUGGCCGGGUAAGAUGGGCCCUUGAAGGUUAUCUUUCAACUGUCGAUUUAACUGUGAGUGUGGCAAAUGCCCAUGGUGUAAAGUGAACAUUCCUGGAGCCAGUAUAUUAACAGGAGAGUCGCUGUUGGUGUCACACACAGUUGAAGUAAUUGUAUCGCCCCAUAUGGGUGAUGGGCAGGGUUGAUUCCCCCAAAGCAGGACACGUGCUCACCGCCCUCUUGUUAAAGAGUUGAGCGGUUUGCCACAGUGCUACCCAGCCAAUGGGAAUCACGUGUUCUUUGCUUAAACUUUGUUGUAAUCUAUGACAUUAGAGUGAAUCAAGAAGUGGAACUGACCGUAUUGUCAGGUCUCGGUGUUGAGACGCAUUUUAAGCUUUAUGUCAAUAUCAGUAUAGUGUUGCCAUGUCGUUCACUUUGCGAGUUGUGUGAACAUCUUUCUUAAAGACAGCCGACUGGCAUUCAAGGUGUUGUGCGUCUUCACAUGAUGCUUUGUGGUUUAAAAAAAGUACCCUGGUUUUUCAUGUUAGGGUAUAUUGAUUAGAAUAUUGUUCUUCCAGUUCCAUUUCUUUUAAUAAGAGGUGGAAUGUAUGCCAUAAAACAUCGUGAAUUAUAUUAUUUGUGUUCGAGACACGUGGGAUCAUGGGAGGUGCAGGUGUAGAUGGCAUGGCGGUAGGCUGACCAGAUUUAAAAACCUGUCACGUUGAAUUUUCGCAGUGGUAAAGCAUCGCGGAACAUACAUUCUGGUUUAUCACUUUAAAGCAACCAAAUGUAACACUGAACGAUAACCUUGUACGUAGUUACACCUUUUGUAGUUUAACCAGUUUCAUUCAGGGGUUUUCCAGCAAAAACAUUAAACAAGAGGCAACACAGGCAGCAGCAAAGUACAGAGAAACCUAGUCCCGUACAGCCAGCAUAUCCAAAAAGUGAGAACACGAUGCUACGGAGCGUGUUGUUUCCAUGCAAUGCGUCUUAUCGGAUUAGCAAACAUGAGGGUUUAGGGCUCGUAGCAAUAUACAAUUUUUGUUUACGUCAAUGCUGCCAUCCACAGGGGUCUUCUUUAUACCUUGUAUGUACGUUGACCUUCUUUUGCACCGUACGUAUCCAACCUCCGAUUGCGGGAGAUAACAAACUAAACACAAAAAGGAGUUCGAAAGAAAUUAGUUUUUCAUCUAGAUUUUAAAGUGGCUUCCUAAUGUCGAAGUGAAGGAGUGUUCCAGACGGCCGCAGAUGUGCAUCGCGAAAGCGCGCGAUGCAGUGGCCGUCUUUGUCCGACGGUCAGCCAAGCGCUAACCAUCGAAUGAAUGUAGAAUAUUCAUAAUCAAAGUUUUUGGGUUAGAUCGCGUUAUUUAUAAAUGUGUCGUAACCCUCCACCACCCGACACGGCCAAUCAGCAAAAAAAGUGUCACGUUGACAAAAGACAAAUAGUUCACUGCUUUGGCCCACCGGUGUUGAAGUGUGAAACCACAACAUUUACAAUAUUUGAGUACGACGUUUCGCUGGUAAUUGCAUCCAGCAUCAUCGGGCAAUUCGCCCGAUGAUGCUGGAUGCAAUUAUCAGCAUUUUUAUAAAUAACGCGAUCUAACCCAAAAACGUUGAUUAUGAAUAAUAUUGGUCGCGAAAGCCUACGUGUUGAAUAUAGAUUAUAUCCGACUCUUGCAGGGGCACGGACGUUUUGCGAAGUAGGCGUUGAGGUGGCCACCAAGUGCCCGUUCCCACCACCUGAUUGCCAAACCCUCUAACCAACACCCCUCCACUUCUCUGCACUGCAAGUGGUGCAGCAUAGGGCUAAGUCACCUGAGCUUAUUUGUUCCAAAAAUGUUUACAAAAAGUUAACACCUAAGGAUAAAAGCCGCAUGCACGAACGGUGAAUAUUGUAUUAACCGACGUAUAUGGUUACAGAGUCCAUUUGAAAAAGAGUUGCAUCAAAGCACAAUGAGUUAUCCAUUGGAUCAUGGUGUGAUAAAAUAUUAAAGAGAAUAGAAAAGAAGAGAUUCUCAUCUCCCAAUCAUUUGCCUAAACAAAAGGGAUCAAUUUACCUGAUUUGAAUGACCAUCCUUAUCACAGCCCCAGAAAACACAAUCCUCCCAUCCACCCUGACCCAUGUUCUCACGGAGAGAAUAGAGGCAGAUGAGCGAUCAAUAGAAAAUAUUUGAUAUAUUUAAAGAUGGAUUUUUUUUGUCACUGCAUUAUUAAUUUGUAACACGUCAGGACUGAAUAUAUACAAUUUUCAAUAUCAGAAAGCACUUUACAAGACCGGCAUUUUAUGUUCAUGACCCUUUUUAAUACGGUGCACCUGAUGAGUAUACAUUACUAAAUAUAUGAAGUUGUAAUUUUAGGGGGGGACCACAUUGUAACAAAAAAUAGUGUUCUGUUGAAUAAAGGAAACAGUUGCCAAUGUGAAUUCUACAUGUAAAUUACCGUGAUUGAUAUUUCACAGCUAAUGAAUUGUAUGUUAAAACGCAGAACUCAACAUUCAGCACUGUAAUUGCAGGUUUAUAUUGUUUAAUCCUGGUUAGAAACAAGCCAACAUGUUUUGAUUUUAUUUUUUAUUUGAAGCUUUCGUGACUACAGGGAUUCAUAUACUUGGUUCUUUCGGUAAAGUCACGUAGAAGGGAAACAAUAAAAUAAUAAAAAUAUAAAACAAUAAAAUUAUCACGACGUUUCGACUGCAACACAAGCAAUCAUCAUCAGGUGUGAAAUCCACAGCAAGAAAAUUUGAAAAAAGUGGCGUUUUAUUUCAUAUUAUUUUAUUGUUUCCCUUCGACGUGAUUUUACCGAAAGAACCAAGAGAGAUCUGGAAAAGAUACAGUUUUGGAACAAACUAUACAAAGGAGGGCAAAAUGUGGACACGUUAUUCCGUGUAUGUACUCCAAUAAUAUAAAACAAAGUAGUACAAUGAAGGUUGGGUUAUGAAAUAAUAUCUCUUGUUAAUGUGUAAAUAAAACAAUCUUAUCGCACGCAUAUGAAGCAAAAUAACAUCGGAGAAUGUAACGACACUUAAUGCUUUUCAGAAAGCUGCACAUGUUGAUGAUGUGUCGGUAUUUGCCGGGCGCCUGCUGGAAGUGAGUCUCUCCAUGUUGUAGGCUGGCUGAAUGGUGCCCUCAAUUCAUCUGUUUGAAUAUCCUUUAGCGCUGAAUGUACACUUAAUGGCACAUAUUAGCCGGAUGCUUCUAAUGAUGGUCGUGGUACAAUAGUGCGGUCGCAUUUACUGCGUUUCCAAGUAAUAUGUUUGUCCAUGUGUCGUUUAUUCGAUUUAAAAUAGUAAAAAUCAUUGCUAUAGAUUAAAAUGUGUAUGUCUAUCCAAAAACGUACCCUUUUCACAAGCAGUAUAAACAUUUAAACGUCCUUUAUUUUGCCAAAUACAUAAAGGACAUUGUCAAUACUUGUUUUAAGUUGAAAUAAGCUACACAUGACAUGUUAUUAUAUCCAAUUACUGUAGCAGUACAAUCAAAACUUGUAUAAAAGCUACAAGAAUCGUAAGACACGAUGUUCCUCUUAUAGAAAAAAAAUACAUCCUGUUUUGGAAAAUAAUAUUCAAACUAUUCCAUUCCAUUUUGCUUCAAAUAAGUAUAAUUCUUGAUUCAUAGUAAUGGAAACUCAGCAAUUGCCAUCGGACUGAUCAUAAUCCCGAACCACAAUGUUCAUUUACGCUUUUAAGACUAUUUUACACCACAACAUAACGCGUAUGGUUUUGUAUAGCAAUGGCAGCUCGGUACUGCAGGUGUGCAAUUUGUGUGGCACAUCUAAGCCACACUUUGAUUUCACGAUCACAUGAGCCAUGGUCUCUUAGCUUGGGCCCAAGUAGUUGGAUGUUGGGGGGGGGGGAGCAGGAUUUUUAAUUAUCUGCUCUGAAUCAGGCCCACUGACCAAAUCAUUUGCUUACAAGUCGAGUCCUCGCAUUGCUAACGUAGUCGUGACAUUGGUCAAGACGUCGUCGGCCUCUGUUACACGACGCUGAAGCCUGCCGCUUGCGCAAGUUGAAUUGAGUGUUCAUUUGGAUCGAUUACAAGUGAAAACGCACGGAAAUUUUUAUUUUAUUUUAUUCAGAACCUACACCAGGUACUGAUGUUCUUUUUUUUUAUGGAGAUGCCAGGUUUGAGGGAGACCUGUUUUGUAUAUCAAUUGUGGCAGUAGGCUAGCAGGGCUAUACUGUGCUGGUGAUCUCUAAUAAACGUGAAUUCGUUGUACACUUGAUUGUCUGUUUUAUUGCUGAGAAAAUUAAA